AUGGCUGCCUUGUCAUCAGUCCUUUCUUACGAGGGUCUCAGUUCCCUCUCUCACCACACCCUCAUCCGAGCUUUCCUUAGAGGGGCUACCAAUUUACGCCCUGCCCCAGUGCACCGUUAUCCCACCUGGGACCUCAAUAAAGUCCUCCUCUCCCUUACCAAAGAGCCUUUCGAGUCUUUGAGGGUGACCGGUCUCCAAUUCCUAACAUAUAAAGUGGUUUUCCUGGUAGCCAUUACAUCAGCCCGACGUAUCUCGGAAAUAGCAGCCCUGUCUGUCAGGCAAGACCUCUGUGUCUUUCACGCAGAUAGGGUGGUUCUCCGACCCGACCCCACUUUUCUACCAAAGGUCAAUUCGGCUUUCCACAGAGCCCAGGAGCUCAUCCUCCCAAAUUUUUGUCCCAAUCCGUCGCAGGAAAGGGAACAACAAUGGCACAAACUCGAUGUGGCUGGCAAUGUGUCGGGCACGAUCAGUGAAGCUCAACAGAAUCUUGUUUGCACUUAUGAACAACCACAGAGGCUCUGCAACAUUCAUCUGACAUUGCUGGCCGAAAUGGAGCUUCCUGGGGAGGAUCCACCCCAGAGAACUUCAUUCAGGAGCCCAGAGGCCUUGCCAGUCCCAUUGCUGGCUGAAAUGGAGCUUCUGAGGGGAGAUUGCAAUGGGUUGGGGGAGGCUGAAUGGAGCGUUGAAGGGCUGGAUCCAGCCUUCGGAGGCUCCAUUUUGGCCUGCAACGGAUCCAUCAAAGAAGCCAACAGAGGGAAGAUUGCAUUGCCAAUCUCUGCCAGAUACAGUCUCCUGCUUUGGCCCUCUGAUGGCAGUAGGCACUUUGCUGUGAAACUUGCCAAACUGGACGCCACAGUUUUGAACGACUAUUCUUUGGCAGCUGUUGUGCCCUAUCCUGAGACAACUAAUCAUGCAGUCCUAGCCUGUAGUACAGGCAUUCAUGAAGAGCAUUAUGUAAGUGAAGGUGUGGAAAACAAUGUGUCAGACUGCAGGGAAUACAGAGAUGCUGGCACCAUUACUGAUGUGUGCAAUAGUACUGAUCUUCCCGAAGUUGAAAUCAUCAGUCUACUGGAAGAGCAGCUCCCUCAUUACAAGCUAAGAGCAGAUACAAUCUAUGGUUAUGACCACGACGAUUGGCUUCAUACUCCUCUUAUUUCUCCUGAUGCGAACAUUGACUUAACAACUGAGCAGAUAGAAGAGACAUUGAAAUACUUCCUUUUAUGUGCUGAACGAGUGGGCCAGAUGACUAAAACAUACAAUGACAUUGAUGCUGUUACACGUCUUCUUGAGGAAAAAGAACGGGAUUUAGAAUUAGCUGCUCGAAUUGGCCAGUCAUUGCUGAAGAAGAAUAAAAUACUUACAGAGAGAAAUGAACUUCUUGAAGAACAAGUAGAACAUAUCAGGGAAGAGGUUUCUCAACUGCGUCAUGAGCUAUCCAUGAAAGAUGAGCUUCUUCAGUUUUAUACCAGCGCUGCUGAAGAGAGCGACCCAGAUUCCAUCUGUUCAACUCCAUUGAAGAGGAAUGAAUCAUCUUCAACUGUCCAGAAUUAUUUUCAUUUUGAUUCUCUUCAAAAGAAGCUGAAAGAUCUCGAAGAGGAGAAUGUUGUCCUUAGAUCAGAGGCCUGCCACCUGAAGACUGAAACCAUUACUUAUGAAGAGAAAGAACAGCAACUUGUAAAUGAUUGUGUAAAGGAGCUCAGAGAUGCAAAUCUUCAGAUUGCCACUAUUUCAGAAGAGUUAGCUAAGAAGACUGAAGAUGCUGCCCGACAACAGGAAGAAAUCACCCAUCUUCUCUCUCAGAUAGUGGAUUUGCAGAAAAAGGCAAAAGCUUGUACAGUGGAAAAUGAAGAACUUGUUCAACAUUUGGGAGCAGCUAAAGAUGCCCAAAGGCAACUCACAGCUGAAUUACGAGAGCUGGAAGAUAAAUAUGCAGAAUGUAUGGAAAUGCUUCAUGAGGCACAAGAAGAACUGAAGAAUCUUAGGAAUAAGACAAUGCCAAAUGCUAUAUCACGCCGUUACCAUUCAUUAGGCCUUUUUCCAAUGGAUUCCUUAGCUGCGGAAAUUGAAGGAUCAAUGCGAAAAGAGUUGCAUCUGGAUGAUACUGACUGUUCAGAUUCAAAGUAUGACCAAUAUAUUCUAAUACUUUGUCAAAAAGUUGUAUUUAACAUUAAUAAUCAAUAA